UACGACUAAAUCUUUCGUUACUGUUCUGCCUUUGCUUCCCUUUCAUCACUCCCUACAUUGCUUCUCAUCACACUCGUUCAACAUGAGAUUCGCAUACGUCGGCGCUGCUCUGGCUUUCGCCACCACUACUCUCGCUGGAGGUAGUCCCCAAGGUUAUGGCGGAGAUAGCGUUCCUCAAGCAGCAGGAGAGCCACGACCUGGAGUCGGUGGCUCCGGCCAGAAUGGUGGCGGCAUGAACGGCGGCUCUGGUCAACAGCCUCCUUUCGUGCCUGGGCAAUCCGGAAACGGUAUGCCACCGAAUGGUGGAAGGACGCAGAGCGAUGCACAGCCCGGUCAAGGUCAAGGUCAAGGACAAGGACAAGCUCCCGGAAGAAGGCCAGAAGAAGGACAAGGGCAGCGACCAAAUAGAGGUCCAUCUGGAAAUGGCAUGCAGUAUGGUCCUCAGAGCCAAGGCCAAGGACAAACUGGCCCUCAGCCGGGACAAGGUGGUGGUAGGCCUAGCGGCGCAACCCCACAAAACGGUGGACAAGCACAAGGAAGACCAGGCCAAGGCAGCACUGAGUCCUCUCCCGUAGGAGGCAAUGGCCAGCCUCACCAAGGUCAGCCAGGCCACGGCGGAACUGAGUCGUCUCCUGUCGGCGGCGGAAAUCAGCCUGGGCAAGGAAGGCCAGGUCAAGGUGGCACUGAGUCGUCUCCUGUCGGUGGCAAUGGACGACCUGGCCAAGGCGGCGCAGGCCAAGGCCAACGAGGUCCUUCUUUCUAUGAAGGGUCGGGUCAAGGUGGCAGGCCUGGUCAAGGAGGAACGCAGUCAUCUCCUGUUGGUGGCAACGGCGCUGGCAAUGGCGGAAACUUCCAGUUCCAAGGACCUCAGUGUUGCAUUCAAUCGUCCCCCGGAGGCGGACAACCAGGACGACAGCCAUCUUCAGGCGGUCCGAAUGGCCCUCAGCCUGGACAAGGUGGACGACAGUCUUCUCCCACCGGCUCUUCACCUGGCAACGGUCAGCCAGGGUCUCCAAAUUACGGCUCUCCGCAAGGCAAUGGUGGCCCACCGCGAGGUGGACAGCAGUCUUCGCCAAUCGGCUCAUCUCCAGGUCAAGGACAGCCGGGACGCGGUCAGCCGGGACAAGGACAACCUCAGCCAAACAGACAAUCUCCUCAAGGCUACGGUGGCAAACGUUCUGUCAAGCGUCAAGCUGGUGGGCAGAUGCCACCUAGCACUGGCGGGCAGAUGCCUGGAGGUGCUGGUGGGCAGUCUCCUGCUGCAGCGGGGGGCUCUGGGUCAUACGGCCAGUGCAUCUCUCCAGAAGAGGGUCUACAAUGGCUCGAUCAGUUCAUCUCUGUCCUUGGUCACACUGCGCCUAACCUUGAAGAGACUGCGAACCAGAUCAUUGCCGAUCAAUUUACUGAGAUCUCGAACUCGAUUUUGUCGCUGCAAGGCAAGCCUCAAACUGCGCAAAGUGUUGCAGCGCCAAGCAAGCAGGCUUGGGUCCAAGGCAUUAUCAAAGCACCUCCUCCAGAGGGCAUCCAGACUCUGGAUGUCGUUGUUGGCUGCAACAAGCUCGUCUGGUACUGGAGCUUUGAGAAGGUCGGAGCUGGCCGUUACCCUACUAACGGCUUCAACCUCUUCACCCUUACCCGCGGCGGGCAAGGUUUGCAGGCUGAGAAGCUCAACUUGGAGUUCGAUAGCAUCGCUUGGGGUCUGAACACUGGCGAGAUUGGCAGCGUCACUUAUGCCAACGGAACCGAAGCUCAAGCUGCUAUGGAGUUCCGAGGUGGUCCCGGAAAGGGUGAGGGUCAGAGCUCGCAAGGCGGGAAGUAG